CACUCAUUCAGAAAAAGCUUCAAUAAUUCAACAAAUUAACCCAUCAUGGUCUUGGCUUCCAUCCAAUCCUCAGUUCUACUUUCUUGCUAUCAACCUCAACCAACCUUGUCUUCAAAGAGAGUUGUAAAUGCCACAAUCCAUGUCCCAAAACACACUAGAGUCGGAUUUUCAGUUCCAAAGAUUCAUGCCAGAAAGCUGGUUGAGGAAUUAAAACAAAAAUCAGACACCACCCCAUUAUUAGAAAAAAAUGUCAGCAGCAGCAGCUCUACAAAUUCUGAGGCUUCUGUUAAACUCUAUGCAAUCUUGGAGGAUGUAGCUGACAGAAUUGAAAUGCAUAAUAACAUUGGCGAGCAACGUGACAAUUGGAACACCCUCCUUUUGAACUCCAUCAACAUGAUCACUCUAACUGCCACAACCUUGGCUGGUGUUGCCGCCACCACUGGAGCCGGUGCGCCGCUUUUAGCUUUGAAACUUUCCUCUGCUCUGUUGUUUUCAGCAGCCACAGGGCUGUUGCUUGUCAUGAACAAGAUCCAGCCUUCUCAACUCACAGAGGAGCAAAGAAAUGCCACAAGAUUGUUUAAACAGCUCAAGUCCCACAUCGAAACCACAAUUGCAAUUGGAAAUCCUUCAGAGGAGUAUAUAAAGGGUGCAAUGGAAAAGGUUCUGGCUCUUGACAAAGCUUACCCACUUCCCUUGUUGGGGAAAAUGCUUGAAAAAUUCCCUGCAAAGUUUGAACCUGCUGUUUGGUGGCCUUCUUCUCAGUUCCAAAAAAGGGAAAAUAAAAAAUCCCAGAGAGUAAAAGAAGAGGGUGAGAGAAUGGGGAAAAUGAAUGGAUGGAAUGAAGAACUUGAAAUGGAAAUGAGGGAAGUUGUGGAAGUGGUGAAGAGAAAGGACAUUGAAGAUUAUGACAGGCUUGGAAACAUUGCCUUGAAGAUUCACAAGAAUUUGGCCAUUGCUGGGCCUUUACUCACAGGCAUUGCUGCAGCAGGGUCUGCAUUUGUUGGCAAUGGUUCUUGGGCAGCUUUGGUUCCACUCAUGGCUGGCUCAUUGGCUGCUGCAAUUAACACUUUUGAGCAUGGAGGGCAAGUAGGCAUGGUGUUUGAAAUGUACAGAACAUCUGCAGGCUUCUUCAACAUGGUAGAAACCUCAAUUGAAUCAACAUUAGAAGAGAAAGAUUUGGAAAGAAGAGAAAAUGGGGAACUCUUUGAAAUGAAUAUGGCUUUGCAAUUGGGAAGAAGUGUAUCACAGCUGAGGGAACUUGCCUCAAAAUCAGCUUCCUAUCGUAUGGAAGGAGUUGUUGACAUAGACGAAUUUGCCAGCAAGCUAUUUUAGGACAAACAUUUGUUAAUUUUAGAUACAUCUUAUUCUUUCAUUCUUUGUAAUUUCUAAAGUAGAUAAGGAAUU